AUGGAUUAUAAAAAUUUUAAUAAAAUAGACAGUGAAAGUGAAGAUAAUAUUAUUUAUAAUAAGAAAUAUAAAAAAUUAAAGCGACUUGUUAAAGAUCUUGUUUUUGAAAAUGCAGCUUUAUGUGAUCAAGUAGCUCAAACCCAAGAAAAUUUAGUGAUAGUAAAAGAAGAACGGUUAUAUUUAUUAAAAAAAUUAACGCAAUUCCAAGGUGAGUCUUCUGACGGACCACUUCCAGGUAAGAUGAACAAUUUAAAUGCAUCAAUGUCCUGCGAGGGUGUGACUAAAAAAAGUAAGAAGCGGAAUUCGAUAGACGCUGGAGAGACAAGUGGGAAAAAAGCGAAAAGAUGCAAGCCAGGAAGCAGAAGAGUUGUCCAGCUGAUUCCUCUGGACAUCAACGGCCGGCCGUUGUUUCCCAUCUCGCUCGGAGACUUGACAGUGUAUUCUUUAGGAGAAAUUGUCACUGACCGGUUAGGUUAUCAUACAGAUGAGUUUAUUUAUCCAGUCGGGUUCUGCAGCACUCGGUUGUACGCCAGCUUGAAGAAUAUUCAGAGUCCGAGUCUUUAUACUUGUAAAAUAGUCGACGGAGGGGCCAAGCCAAGGUUUGAAAUAGUAUCAGAUACAGACUUAGACCAACCGCUAGUUGGUUCAACCCCCGACGAAUGUCAUAGCCGCUUACUCCAAGCCCUCUCGCCUUUAUUAAUGAACAUAACACCAAAAGGCGCGAGUUUUUUUGGAAUUUCCCACCCUACAAUACAGAACUUAAUCCAAAGUUCGCCUGGCACCCGAAAAUUGCCGCUUUACAAGCCUCAAAAAUUCGAGGUGAGCAAAAAUUCAAUCGAGAAUGGAUCAAGUCCGAUUCCAGACGAAGAACUGGACCCUAGUGUAAAUUUCUCGUCACUCCACCGGAGCUUCAAGCUGAAUUACUCUAUAAAAGAAGAACCCAGUGAUCAUGACCUGCGUGCUUUAAAAGAUUUGUAA